AAAACAAACAGCUGGCUUCCUUACACGCCUGCCUCGCUCUCUUGCACGCUACCGUACGUUGCGUGUGCUUUCGAUGCACGAUAUUUGUGGACUGGCUACACCCUUUUCCAUCUACGAUGCACUAAAAUUGACAAACUGUUAACAUUGGAAUAAUAUAUCGAUAACACGCGCCUCUGCUGCCGAUCGCAUCAGAAAUCAGGUGUCGACGAUCGAACAAUUUUUACUUCUAUCUAUUGGGAUCUACGCUGCGUCCGGCAUGGUGUUUGAAUCUAAUGGAUUUAUGGUGCGAUUCGAUAGCAGUUGAAUGAUUUAAUGAGUUAUAAUAGUGUAAAGUGAUAAAUAAACAUCGGAGGGAUAGAAUAUUGAAUCCUGUGCAGAUCGCUGCGAUUUUCAUCAAAGGUUAGAUGAAUUUCCUCGGGAGGACAGUUGCUGUUCCUACGUAAAGCUGACGACCAAUUUAUGCGCACUUAAUGCGGCAAAGCUGGCAAGCGGAACGAUAGAAAGUGCAGUCGGAAUUGUCGGAAUUACCGUGGUGGAUAACAGUUAAUUGUCGACAUGGCGGAUAGUGAUUUGCUCAUCACAAUUUCAGGUCCCGCUCUAUCAUUAUUAUUUUACGAGAAUGCUCGCAGCUGCGGAGACCAGAUGGGAUUUUUGUUAGGAGAAACGCUCGAGUUCGUAAUAAAUAAGUACACGGAUUUGGAGAAUCAAGUAGAAACAAAGAAAAUAUACAACAAUAUUGAAGCUGUGGUAGCUUGCCCAUUGCCAGAUUCUUUGUAUAAUUCUAUUGGUAGAAUUAAUAAGGAAAAAUUGAAGGACCUUUUACGUGACAAAAACAAACAAGUAAUAGGAUGGUUUCGCUUCAGGCAAGACGUCAGCUUGGUACCGACGUUUAGAGAUAAAGUAUUACAUAAAGAAUUUGCGUCCUAUUUUUGCAAUGACAAUGGUUCCAAGGAACAGUUCUUUGUUACGUGUUUGUUAAGUUCUUCCGUGAGCAACAGAAGAGGGAUGCAUAAGUUUAAACAUGUUUUCUUAAGACACAGAAAAGGGGUAUUUGAACCAGUUCCUUUAAAGAUAAGCAAUUUAGGGCAGAAUCCAUUUGUACAAGAGGGAUCAGAUUAUAAACUGACGCCUACAAAUAAAUCGUCAGAUGUUCCAGAUGCAUUUGCGAAGCUCAUAGAAACUUUAAACUUGGAUUUAACAAGAACGUCUGGGGUCGAAUCCGCUACUAUUAUACACAAAGCUGCUGAACAGCAUUUAAAUAAAUUAAUACCCGAGUUAUGUAAAUCUGAUUUCGAGGUGACAGAGCUUGAGAGGCAAAUUAAGGAAUUCAAACGUAAAAAGAAGAUAAAAGUUAAUGGCAAUUCGAAUAACGUGGAAGGAACUGACGACCUUGAAGAGUGUCCAGAUUAUAACCACACUGAAUGUCCUAUGUUCAAAGAUCGUUCCACACCACCACCUGCCCCUAGCCAAAUGAAUACUACUCCUAAACUGAGAAAUACACCGGUAUCACAGAUAGAAAAGAACGUUAAUCAAAGCACAUUAAGGAGGGUGAAUGCGGAUAUGACGAACAGUCUGAUUCCGAAAACUCCACCUUUAAAUUCCAAUGAAGAAGUGACAGUCAACGUUACGGAAAGUACGUCACGAAAUAGAUGUUUUUCCAAAAUGGAGUCCGAAAUUGUGAAAGAGUCGAUUUGUAAAGGUGAAAAAAAUGUAUGCGGCAUCGGAAGAGGUAGGGGUAAAAUGAUAUCUGACGGUCAGUAUCAAGGAGGAAAAAAAACUAGGACCACUGCUGGUCCGUUUGCUACCCGCACCAGCGAACGAAUUUCGCGUAUGCAAAUGCAACAACGAGAAUCACCUGAGGCAAACAAUGUACAAAAAACUACUACUUCCAGUCCACCAUACAGUCACAUACUCAAGAAAAAUUAGAUUCUUACAUUACUUAAAAAUAUAGAGCAUUUUAUGGGGAGGAGAGACGUCAAAAGAAGUUGUAGAGUAUUUGUGCUAUGCUCAUACCUAAAUAAUUGUAAAUAUUUAUAUACUUUAAAAUAUGAAUAAGCUGACUGCAUCUGUGCUGUAUGCAAGGCUAGUCUAUUAAAUUUGAAUCUUAUAAGAAUAUUAAACAAAACUUUCGCGUUGUGUUCACAAUGUCGUUUAAACAUUUUUAAGUGAACAUUAUAAUUAUAGACUGAACUAUUAAAUUAUUUUUUCAUGUGAGCUUUUCAUAUUAAACGUUCUCUCGCAUUGAGGGGCUUUUGUUCUGUUUUAUUUGAGUUUACAUAAUAUAUGUUCUGAAAUAUUUUUAACGCUCUAUCAUUCUAAGCAAACAAAAUUCCACUGGAGCUUAACGAAAUAUGCAUUAAUUUUUUUUUCAGCUUUUUUUAAAUUUCUCUGAUUGCGUGCCAUUAGAUUUA